GUCAAGUUUAUUCAAAUUCAAUCGUUUAUUCAAUUUAGGUUGUGUUCUUCGGAACCAGAGAGGUUUAUCCUCAAUUUAUCUAUCCAGUCCUGUUAUGUACAUCUAGGUACAUAACAAUUGGUAUCAGAUCCGUUCGAUCCAUGGAGGCGUUCGAUGAAAUCAAUAAGCCAACUGAUAAUAAUUCUCUUCAAUUGAAUGGGUUGUUAACAAAUGAGUAAUUACAGGAGCUCAAGAGUAGUAUUGGGUGUAUAAUCCAUGAUGUGUUCGAGAAAGCUUUUGGCCAGAAGACCUACAAUCGUAAAGAUCCAAAAGGAGCUUCCAGAAUUACUUCCAAGUCUAAUCAAGGUGGUGGGUUCUCAUCUGAUGAAGGAGAUUCUACUAAAUCAACUGGAAUUUGUGACCUAAUCAGUGAAUCUGUUGCUCAAGAUUUAUCUGUUGAUGCAAUUGAUAAGGCAGAAAAAUGGGUGGAAAUGAAGGGGAAAGUUGUUCAUAUAAUGAAGCUGGAAAGGUUAGCACGAGAGGAUUUAGAUGUCUGUAGGAAGAUGUAUAAGAUGUGGUUGGAAACGACUAACUGGCCAUCUUGAGAUUACAGGCUUACGAGAAGGAUAAAAUGGUUAGACAUGGAAGAGAAGAAAUUGGAAUAGAUCUUGCUCCUUAGGGAUACUGCUCCAUCUCUUCCACCUCCUUUCAGAAUUAAAGAAGAUUCUGCAGAUAUUUGUGACACUUCCGAGGAGUUGAUUCUUUCUUAUUUCUUUGAAGAAAUGAUUGAUUCAACAAAUAGUUCGAGUUCUCAAACUAAAGAAGUUUCAACUGUCAUUAAAUCAAUUCAACCCACUGUCAAUGAAGCAAAAGAAAAUUCAAUUGAUGCUGUGAGUUUUCAAUUUAAAGAAAUCAGCAAAGCUGGAGUGAGUUAUUUCGACAGCAAGAAUCAGGUUCAAGUGGUUGAGGUUAGUUUAAUCAUUCUUUACAACAAAUUAAAUUGGAAGAAUUGCUUUCAUGUUGGUCUUGAUGAUUCUCGUAGCAUAUUUGAUCGAGGUAAAUGUAUCCCUAUUUCUUUCAAUUCAAAUGAGAAAUUGAGUGUCCCAUGAUUUCAAGUUUUGGGUACCAAUUAGAUUUCUCGUGUAUCCAUUUAAUUGUGCAUUCAUGUAUUAAUGAUGCUGCAAUUCUAGAUGAGAGAAAUAUGUUUGAUAUAAUGUCUGAGAGUGUGAAUUUUAGUGUUGUUGGAGAAAAUUUUAUCUGGCAGCUCAACAUGGGUACAAUAUUUGAUCGUGGCAAAGAGUCAGAUCAUAUUAAAGGGUUCUCUAGUUCUGUUGGUGAAUAUGCAUGUGAUUUUGUUACAUUUUCUUCUUGUGUGAUUAUUUCUCUUGAGUUUCUAUUACUGGAAUGGUUAGAUGAGAAAUUGGUUUGCAGGCUGUUUCCAGGACUUGGGUAUUCGUAUUAACUUCAGUUUCGCAAUUCGUUGAUUCUUCGAAUUGCCUAUGUUGCUAAAUCUUGUGGUGAGUGGAAUUUAGAUGCUGAAUUUUCAGAGAGCAAUAAACUUUGGUUUCACUUAUUAGCUAGAGUGGUGAGGUUUUACAAAGCACAUAAAGGGUAUGUUCACGUGCUUGGUAUGACGCGAGGCGAAACUUUUUCUUACAGCUCUAAUGUGAGUUGCUUGAGGCCUUACCCAGGCAGAAUUCUCUGUACCAUUUUGAUUCUUCAAGCGCCAAGACAAUGGGUGUUGGUUAAAAUGGGUGAUCAUAGUUAUAUGCUCGCUGAAAUUGAUGGUGACUGGAAUUUGGUUGAUAGACACGACGGUGAUGUGCACCAGGUUCUUUUGCAAGGGAUUCAAAUGAUUCAACAGGGAGUUAAACAACACAUUUUGAGUUCUCUGCACCUGUCUUCUUUCUCUUGGUAUUUUCCUUGUUGUCCCAUCCAAAUGAAUGCUCCUCUGCACCCGGCUAGUAAAUUUUUGGUGUUCCAUUACCGUUCUCUUAUGCUACUUCUUUCAUUAAUUAACAGUGAGCUCAGUAUUUUAGGAAGGGGGUUAUUUGUGCAUUAUCAAUUACCUUCACCUAAUGUCUAUAGUGGUUUUCUGCUUCCAAUGGGUAUGUUAAUAGAAACUCUGAUCUUAGUGGUAGUAAUUCAAAUUCUUAAAAUGUUGGCAUGGGUAGGAUACUUGAGGUGGAAGUUCAGAUUGUAUCCACCUAUGUUGUGUUAUGCCAUAAACUGGAAUUCUAAAACCCAUUGGUUCUGCGAAGCCGAGGUCAACAAUCAAAUUGCAGCAGCUCUUAGGAAGAGUAAUCUGUUUCUGAUAAGUUUCUGGAGUUCAUGGACUACUUGUGGUACUAUAUGGCCUUUCACUGACUUACCUGGAACAUCUACUUCUUUUGGUUAUGGACGUUUGCUGUUUGAUAGAGGUACAAAGCUUGGCAGCAUACUGAUGGCAUUUACAGCAAUUGGUGAUGCUAAACUCAAUUACGUGAUAGCUGGGAUUUAUACUCAGGUCAGAAUCUUACAUGGGUUUACGCCAAGACAAUUUCUCACUGAGGUUUCCGCUGUCACCUUUGUCAUUAUGUUCAUAUAUGAGGAUAGUCUACAACUUACUUCCAAAAAUUCUGUUCACUGUCAAGAUCUGGAGGGCUGGACAAAUGGUGAAGCAGCUGCGUCAUCUCAUACUCACCAGUGAGCUUGAAGACAUGGGGCCAAAUUGUUUUGAAUCACCAAGUACUCAUGAGUUUCAUUCCAUCUAGAGGGGUGUCAAUAUCAGUCAGCGAUUCAUGUGGUUUGUAGGGAGCAGAAAAGUUGUUUGUUGGGCAUGGAGAUGACGUAUUUCAAAGUCUUGCCGGGGCAUUUACUCGCAUUGGGCUAAUGUCAUGUACCCGGCAUGGUAAGUGAAAAAGUGGGGGUACAACAACCUCACCCAAUAUUUCGAUUAGCAAUCUGUAUGACAAACUCCAAUAUACUUUCAAGAGAAUCAACUAGACUCAAUCUUAAUAAAGUAUAUCAAAGAGUUA